GCGGAUGGUUACCAUGCCAGGGCCUAUCCGAAGAAACAUUUGUCACUUCAUCCUUCCUUCUGAGUCGUUACACCUGUGACGCUGUUGGAUAUGUUCGAGAAGCUCACAGGUUGGUGGGGCACCCUGCCUCCAGAGACGAAACCAGUCAAUCUGAAUCCCCAAGGUCUCAAGCCGUGCUGUGCGUGUCCAGACACGAAACGAGCGCGAGACGAAUGCUACAUGCAGACUGACCCGGAUGUCGCAAACGAGAAAUGCAAGGCACUCGUAGCUGCUCACGUCAAGUGCAUGCGUUCAUACGGGUUCGAGAUUUAGACUGUCGGGCACACGCGUCACUUUCUUUGUCCCCUGAAAAGGGUAAUGUCGUUUGGUUAGAUAGCAUGGGAUUGUUUCUAUGGGACGUGUCGUCAGAGGUAUAUUACAAAAGGAGAAUCCUUAGUUCGUUUUCUAUCUGUGCACUAUAUCCUUAUUUUCAUGUUUGCUAAUCAUUCGUUUCCUACUUUGCUCCCCAAUAAACAACCCC